CUUUGUAACAAACAGUAUCUCCCCUUCCAAAAAUGUCUAUAGGUCAUGCGCGCUUACCGACGAAUUUCAAAUACAUUCGGUACAAAAUUCUGUUGGUCAGUUUCAGUUGUAGACCUAGCAAUAUGGCAGCGGGUUUAAAUAUAUUUUUAUUGUUAAUUUUUUCUUACGUAUGCUCCUCACUGGGAGAUCCCAAAGUGGUCUGCUACUGUGACGAAAAGGGAUUCAGUAGACAAGGUCAAGGAAAAUUUGAUAUUGCAUUUUUGGAACCCGCUCUUCAAUUCUGCACCCAUCUGGUCUAUGGUUACGCUGGAAUCGAUCCAUAUACUAACAAAAUUAAGCCCUUAAAUGAACAAUUAGACGUUCAACAGCACACUUUUCAACAAAUUACUAAUUUGAAGAGAAGAUUCCCAGGAUUAAGAGUCCUUUUAUCUGUGGGAGGUGAUAGAGAUAAUGCCGGACCUGAUUCUGAUAAGGCAGCUACAUACAAGACUAUCUUGGAGGCAGUAGACAAGAGACUGACAUUCAUAAACUCAGCCAAAGAAUUUAUCCAAAAGCAUCAUUUCGACGGUAUCGAUUUGGCUUGGGAAAUGCCAAAGACAAAACCAAAGAAAAUUCACGGAGGUUUCAAACAAUUCUUCAUCAGCAUUAAACACUCAGUUGUUGGUGAGUCGAUAGUCGAUGAUAAAGCUGAAGAUCACAAGGAACAAUUCACCGCUUUCAUCAGAGAAUUCAGGAACGCUUUAAAGCACGAUGCACUUCUGUUGACGCUCUCCGUUUUGCCCAAUGUUAACAGCACAGUGUACUACGAUGCCCGUCAAUUGGCUCCACAUUUGGAUUUCGUUACCCUUCAAAACUUUGAUUUUUACACUCCUGAACGUAAUCCAAAAGAAGCCGAUUACUCCAGUCCUUUGUACGAAAUUUAUGGUAGAAAAUUUGAUGAAAACGGCGAUUUCCAAGUCAGAUAUUGGUUGUCUAACGGUUUCCCAGCCAACAAAAUCGUCUACGGUAUCCAAACGUACGGUCGCACUUGGAAAAUGACCAGUGCCUCUGGCAUAACCGGCGUUCCACCUCUAACUAUCGAUGAAGGUCCAGGUGAGGCCGGUACCUACACCCAAGAACCAGGACUGUUGAGUUACAACGAAAUUUGCACCAAAAUUCCAACCCCCACCGAAGUUAAGGCUGGUUAUGUAGGAAAACUGAGAAAGGUUAACGAUCCCACUAAAAAAGCUGUUACUGAUGAAAACUGGAAUAUCAUCGAUGUUUCUAAACGAUUCGGUACCUACGCUUACAAAGAACCAAAGAACGAACAAGACGGAAUAUGGGUAUCUUUCCAAGAUCCUGAUACAGCUGAACAAAUUGUGAGCUACGUCAGAGCUAGAGGUCUCGGUGGUGUUGCCGUUGUCGAUUUGACUUUAGACGAUUUCAGGGGUUUAUGUACCGCUAAUAAGUACCCAAUAUUGAGAGCUUCCGCUAAUCUGAGGAUGUAAAUGAAGAGAACCUUAAAUUUAUUUUGU